AUGUGGGUCCUACUCGAAGGUGAUCAAAGUCCCUUUGAAAUUGACGUUGACCAAAGUUUUUAUACUUCUGAAAAGUUCAGCUUGGUCCGUCUUAAACCAAUUCUCAAAGACAGUUUCUCCGAGCUUAAAGAUAUUAGGCCAACAAGAAUCGAAUUUUUCAAUUAUGAUGAUCGAACCACACCUCUUGAAAAUGGAGUGAUACUCACGGAGGAUACCACAACAA